AUGACUAAAUAAUUGGUUUUCUUCACUUUAACUCUGCUUUUAGCUACUUAGUGCUUUGCUUUUGUUAACAUCAGAGGUUUUAAGUCGCUUUAGGAUGUUUCAUAGUGCAAAUUACCAUGCUAUGAUAUAAUUGACUAAGUAAUGCCUGGAGCUAUCUUAGGUAUGAACUAUAAGUAUUCUGGUUCCAGCUACUAGAGGUGGUUUGAAAAAAGCAACAUAAAUUAUUGUUGCGAAUAAAAGAAAACUUAUGAUUUCCUAGAUGGAAUGAUAGUACCUGAUUUUAUGGAAGUUGAGAAAGCUAAUUUUGUCGAUUAGGAAUAAAUUACAUCUGAAAUAUCUCCUGCUCCUAAAACUGAGAAGUUCAAAUACAAAAUAAAUAUAGUUCAUGAAUUCUAAAGAAGAGCUCUUAAUAUUUCUGCAGAUAUGAAUUAAUUCAGAGUAAAUAUGACUAAUGUAGAGUCAAUCGUACCUGAUAUUAAUUAAUGUGAUACUAGCUAUGAUAUAGAAAAUAAAUGUUGGUUAUCAGCUGUUCAUCUCUUAGGAGAAUAAGUUUUCACUAAAUUAACUCUAGGAAGCUAUCAAAAAGUUAAUUUAACCAUUUAUACUAAUUCAAAGUAUGAUUAAAAGCAGGCUAUCCAAAUUUAUAAGACUUAUAUCAUUGAAAAGGGUCUUGAAAACAUAAAUGAGGCAUUUAAAAGUGAUGAAAGCCCUUCGAUUGCAGUUAAAUUCAAUUACUUAAGAAAGUUAAUUAUAAUUUAGCGCAAUUGA